AUGUCAUCUAAACUCGAACGACCAUCAUCACUUCAUGAUUUACUUGAUGAUAUUGUUGAAACAUCAUCAUCAUCUAAUCCAAUAUCUUUUCGUUUAAGAAAUAGUUCGAAAACACUACAAAAUCGAAAUUAUUUAAGUUAUUCAAGUGUACCAUCAUUAUAUGAUAAAUCGAAAUUUGAACAAACAGAUACUUCAUUAUUAACAACAUUAACAAAUGAAUAUCGUGAUCGUACUCAUAUCACAUUACCACGUUCAAGUUCAUCGAUAAUAACAAUGAGUAAUGAUGAUCGACGUAAAGAAAUUGAUCUUAUUAUAAAAAGUUUAUAUGAUGGAAAAAUAUUAACACCGAUUACUGAUGAUCAUGCUAUAUCGGAUAUUUCAGAUCCAUCAAUGAAUAUUUUAAAUAAAGGACCAAUAACAACAACAACAGCACCAUUAAUCAAAAAUGAUGAGGAAAACAAUAAUAAUUCUAGAAAUGUUGAUUUUCUACCACUUGAUAAUGAUAUUUCACCACUUCAACGAGAAUUACAAGAAAAAGAACUUGAUAUAAUUCAUUUACACAAAGAAAUUCAAGAAUUACAACUUGAAAAUAAAUUACUCAAAGCAAAAGCACCAAGUGUUUAUUCAAAUGGUUAUGCAAGUAAUAAUAGUGAAGCAGAAGUACUUCGUCGUGAAAAAGAUAUUUUACAAAAUGAAUUACAUACAUCACAAGAAUUAAUUUCAAAAUUUCAACAACAACAACAGCAAAAUGUCAUCCCUAUUCGUUCGAAUAAAAUUGAUGAAAAUACUUUACAACAAAAAGAAGCGCAUGAAAGAAAAUUAAAAUUUUAUGAAAAACAAAUGCGUACAUUAACUGAUGAAAAUGAAAAAUUAAAACAAACAUUACAACAAACUGAACGUAUUAUUGCACAAUAUAAACGAGAUAAUGAAGAAUUAAAACAGAAAAUAACUGAAGCUAAAAAACGUAAUGAUGAAUUAUUUUUUCAAGAAUUUAAUUCAUUUCGAAAUGACUUAAAAAUGCUUAAACAACGAAAUAAUGAAUUAUUUGAACAAAAUCUUCGUUUACAACAAGAAAAAUUAAAUUUUACAUGGCAUUCAUCGACUCAUGAACAACAACAACAACAACAAAUGUCAUCUUCAUCCACAUUAAAAAUAUCGAAUUCAGAUACAAAGAAUUUGAAAAUACCUCGAAAUGAAAGUCCAAAUAUAUCCGAAGGAAGUGAUUCAACAAAUUAUUUAGCAACAGUUAGUAUUGAACGUUAUCAUACACGACCAUUAACAUCGGCACAUCGUUCAAAAACAGUAGAUGAAAAUCAUCAUUAUUAUCGUACAAAAAAAUAUAAUACACUUACUGGACAAGAAAAUUUUCAUGGAAAUGAUUCUAUAAUACCUUUAUCGAGAUCUGUUGAUCAACAAUUUAAUUAUCGUUCAUCAAAAAUUCAACGUGCUAUUCAAUGGAAUGAAGAAAAUAUAUCAAAAAAUGAAGAUAUUAAAAAUUAUGGUGAUGAUUAUCAUCAAUCUACAGAUAAUACAAAACCAUUAUCAUCAACACAUUUCUAUCAAUCGAAUUAUCCUAUUCAUCGUAGUAUGACAUUUAAUGAACGUCAACGAUCAAUGAAUCAUGAUAUGAAUAAUCAACACGAUGAUCGUCGUCAAAGUCGAAAACAUAUUGAAAUUCCUGUUCCUCGACGUCCAUUUGCUCCAUCAUCUAUUAAUGAUAUUCAUAUAAAUGAUUUAAUAAAAUUUACUCGACCAGGUGGUAAAAUAAGUAAAGGUAUGGUUAAAUAUCUUGGAUCAUUACCUGGUAAAACUGAUCAAUAUAUUGGAUUAGAAUUAGAAAAUGAAGGUAAAAGUAAACAUGAUGGAGUUUAUCAAGAUAAACGAUUAUUUCAAUGUAAACCAAAUAAAGGAAUAUUUAUUGGAUUUAAUAAAGUAAUUAUGGCAUGGAAUGAAUUAUCAUCGACUGAUAUAGAUGAAGGACCAUCACAAAAAGAAAUUGAUUUUAAUAAUCAAAUGUAUGAUGAAGAAUUGGAAAAUGAAUAUCGUAUAAUUCGUGAAGAAAGUGAAAAAAUUAAUGAAUAUGGAUUAGGAUUUGAUAUGAAUGGUUUUCCUAUUAAAAUGAAUUAUUAG